AUGAGAUUUGGAGGGGUCCCUUACUAUGGAAGAUUGGUAGACAUUAUUGUGCUUUCCUACGAUGGCUUCACAGUGCCCAUGUUUAAAUGUGAAUGGGCUAAUACCACAAACCCAAGAGGCAUUAAGAUAGAUAAGUUGGGUUUUACUUCUAUAAACUUUACAAAACUACUACAUUCUGGGGAACAUGAAGAUAAUGAGCCGUACAUUCAAGCGUCAGAAGCUCAGAUGGUUUUUUAUGUGGAUGAUGAGAAUGAACAAGGGUGGAGCAUACCUAUUCAUUUGAAGCCAAGAGACUUGUAUGACAUGGGUGGAAAUGAUGAAAUUAUGUCACCCAUUGAGCCAUAUCCAUCACAAAAUUUGGAACAAAUUUUUUCGAAUGAUGAUAUUGGAACUUCAUCAGCAAAUGAUAACAAUAAUUAA